AUGUUCAGAAGAGAUAAAGAAAAUUUUAUUGAGAAGCAAGGGUUAGUUGAAGCUGAUGGGAAAUUGAAACCAAUAGAGGAUUAAGUAAAGGGGCUUCCAUCAGUAAUUGACUUUUUGUAUAUUGGAUCAGAUAUCUAGGUAUUCUAUAAGGAACACAACAUUCCCUGCAUACUAGUAGUAAGAAUGGAGACUUAAUUUGGAGCUAAACUGUAUUGUGGAAAAUUGGAGAAGUUGAAUACCCUUUGA